CUCAUUUUCAUACUCAUCCACUGCAAUUUCCUUCACAUUCUCCAGAGGUUAAAAUUCCCAAUUUCCUAAACUUUCUCAGUCGAAUCUCUCUUCGACAUGGCUCGUACGAAGCAGACAGCUCGCAAGUCCACCGGUGGUAAGGCACCACGUAAGCAGCUGGCGACGAAGGCUGCCCGUAAGUCUGCUCCGGCCACCGGUGGUGUGAAGAAGCCUCACAGGUUCCGUCCGGGGACGGUGGCGCUGAGGGAAAUUAGAAAGUACCAGAAGAGCACCGAGCUCCUCAUCCGAAAGCUUCCUUUUCAGAGGCUUGUGAGGGAAAUUGCACAGGACUUCAAGACUGACUUGAGGUUUCAGAGUAGCGCUGUUUCCGCGCUUCAAGAAGCCGCUGAAGCCUAUCUUGUGGGGUUGUUCGAGGACACCAACCUCUGCGCUAUUCAUGCCAAGAGGGUUACCAUUAUGCCUAAAGAUAUUCAACUCGCUCGUAGAAUUAGAGGCGAGAGGGCUUAAAGAGACUGUUAAAAUGUUUAGUGGGUAUGGUUAGGGUUCUGCCUUUGAAUGCUAUGGUUGGGAUUUGGCUUGGUUGUAAGAAUGGUGUAAUUGUUUCCGUCGAAUAUGAAAUGUGAAUCUAUUUUCUUUUGAAUGC